AUGCCACACCCAACCAACCUACAUGAAGUCCGUUCCUUUCUUGGAAUGGUAAACCAAUUUAGCAAAUUUACAACCAAUCUUGCUGACCUGACAAAGCCGAUCCGAGAACUGCUAGUUAAGAACACUGCGUGGACAUGGGGACCACCCCAACAAGACGCUUUUGACAAAAUCAAGAAAGCCCUGACAUCAGCACCGAUACUAACCUUGUACGACCCCAACAAAGCAACCAAAAUAGCAGCCGACGCAUCAUCAUACGGCCUUGGAGCGGUGGUGCUGCAAGAAGAAGAACCAGACACCUGGAAACCUGUAUCAUUCAUUUCAAGAUCGAUGACAACAACCGAGGCUAGGUAUGCCCAGAUAGAGAAAGAAGCUCUAGCGGUAACUUGGGCAUGUGAAGGUCAAGCAAUUACAUAA